AAAUUAUUUAUGGAUUACUCCAUUCAGGUUCCGGUUUUAGGGUUCUUCUACAAAAAAAAAAAUCUGAAAUAAAUCUCAAUCUAUAUCGCCUUUGUAUUUGUAGGGUUCCCCAGUCUCUUCCUCUUUUUCUUUUAUCUUCUUCCUCCUAUUGUUCUCCUUGGUUUUGAUCCAAAUUAUAAUCCUCUUUCAUGCGCUCAAUUGCUUGCACGGAUAAUCUUCUUCUUCGUUCUCCCCUUUUCCUUCGGUUUAAGUUUUUACUGAGAAAGAUAUAGUGUUUAAAGUUUGAAUCUUUUCUGUAUUGGAUUCUCUUUUCGCUUUGAAUAUUUUUGUUUUUCUUUCUGGGUUUUGGCCUUUCUUUUCAUGGUGGAUAUGGAUGGGUUUGGAACUGGGGGUGAUGUUGGGGGAGUUCCCAACACAGAGGAUCUUAGGCAACUGGGGAAUGUUUCCACAGGUACUGUUUUUGAUGCAUCGCAAUAUGCUUUUUUUGGUUCGGAUAGUGCUGUCCAAGAAGUUGAGCUGGGAGGGUUAGAAGAUGAUGACGAUUUGAUUGAGUCUAAUGGGGAGUUCAUUGUCAACAGAGAAGAGGCUGAGGAUUUAAAAUCUAUCUCUGACAUUGAUGAUCUCAGUACUACAUUUUGGAAGUUGAACAAGGUUGUAAGUGGACCAAAAAGCACGGAAUAUAUUGGUGAACAGGGAUCGAGACAAAAUUCUGCAGCUGAAUGGGCACAGAAGGACGAUGUUCUUAACUGGUAUGAACAGAAUGCUUAUGAUAAUGAGGGUUCUCUGGAUGGAAGAAGAAUGUCAUCGCAACCUCAUUCUUCUCUCUCUCAGUUACAUGAACCAAAGGCCUUGUACAGAACAUCCUCAUAUCCUGAGCAGCCUAGGCAGCAACAACAUCACCAGCUCCAACCUGGUGAGACGGCUCCCAACUGGUUUGAUCAGCAUAUGUAUGGUACUGAAACUACUCAUGAUGGAAAACGGUGGUCAUCACAACCACAUUCCACAAUUGCUCACUUACAAGAAACAAGGCCAUCGCAUAGAACAUCUUUAUAUCCUGACAAGCAGCCGGAAUUUCCUCAUUUUUCUAGUGAACCAAUUUUGGUACCAAAUUCUUCAUUUACUUCUUAUCCUCCGCCCAGCGGUAGAUCUCAGCAGGCUUCUCCAAGUCAUAAUACAGGGCAUUUAAACAUUCCUUAUCAUGCUAUGGGAGCUCAGAUGGCACUGUCACCUCAAAAUCGAACUCAUUUCUCCAAUCCUGCAUUACAGUUGAGUGGAAUAAAUCAUGGGCCACCUUUUGGUGGAAACAUGCGCCAAUUUCCUACUGGUUCUCCUCUUAAUCAGAUGAUGCAGAAUCAAUUGGUAAACCAGACAGGGUUAUAUCCUGGAGAUCAUCCCAAUAUUUCCUCAGGUUUACCCAUGAUUAACAAGUAUGAUCAGAUGCUCGGGCUGAUGGAACUGAGGGACCAAAUGCCAAAGUCAGCUCAAAUAGGUAGGCCGAAUCUCCGGUUUCCCCCUCAGGGUUUUGAUACAAGUGGCCUUAGAAGCAAUAGUGGAUGGCCUAGAUUUAGAUCCAAGUAUAUGACUACUGAUGAAAUUGAGAAUAUUCUUAGAAUGCAGCUUGCAGCAACACAUAGCAAUGAUCCAUAUGUUGAUGAUUAUUACCACCAAGGCUGUCUUGCAAAAAAGUCUUCUGGUGCUAAAUUGAGGCACCACUUCAGUCCAGCUCAAAUAAGGGAACUUCCUCUACGACCCUCUUCUAAUACUGAACCACAUGCUUUUCUUCAGGUCGAUGCUCUAGGGAGGGUUCCAUUCUCAUCGAUUCGCAGGCCCCGCCCUCUACUGGAAGUUGAUCCUCCAAAUUCCUCUAAUGUAGGUAGUCCUGAGCAAAGCAUUUCAGAGAAACCCCUUGAACAGGAACCCAUGCUUGCAGCUAGGGUCACAAUUGAAGAUGGUAUUUAUCUUCUUCUUGAUGUAGAUGAUAUUGAUCGUUUCCUACGCUUUAAUCAGCUCCAAGAUGGUGGUCUUCAGUUAAAACGGAAACGGCAGGGUCUUUUGGAAGGACUUGCUGCCUCUCUUCAGUUAGUUGAUCCACUGGGAAAGAAUGGACGUACAGUUACACUUGCUGCAAAAGAUGACUUUGUUUUUCUCAGGAUAGUUUCUCUACCCAAGGGUAGAAAGCUUCUUGCUAGGUACCUUCAACUGCUUUUUCCUGGUGGUGAUCUAAUGCGGGUAGUCUGCAUGGCCAUCUUUCGGCAUUUAAGGUUUUUAUUUGGUAAUCUUUCCUCUGAUCCAGCUUCAGCAGACACUAUUAAUAACCUUGCAAGGGUUGUUUCGAGAUGCAUCCGUGAAAUGGAUCUAAGUGCAAUUAGUGCUUGUCUAGCAGCAGCUGUUUGUAUUUCUGAUCCACCACCCCUACGCCCCCUUGGAAGUUCAGCUGGAGAUGGGGCUUCCCUUAUUCUAGUAUCCGUGCUUGAAAGGGCAACUGAACUUCUAACUGAUCCUCAUGCUGCUACCAAUUAUAAUAUUGCAAACCGUUCACUUUGGCAGGCUACAUUUGAUGAAUUCUUUGGCCUUCUGACCAAGUACUGUGUGAGUAAAUAUGAUGGUGUAAUGCAAUCAUUCCUUAUACAAGGGACACCAAAUAUGGCUGCCAUUGGUGCAGAUGCUGCUAAAGCUAUUAGCAAGGAAAUGCCAGUUGAGCUCUUACGUGCAAGUUUACCUCACACCGAUGAUCACCAGAAAAAACUAUUACUUGAUUUUGCUCAGCGCUCUAUACCUGUUGUUGGAUUUAAUGGUAAUUCAGGGGGCCAUGGUCAUCAUGUGAACUCGGAGUCAGUGCUGAGUUAAUUCGAUAAUUGAACACUUUAAUGGUAAUCCAAGGAGCUGUUCAAUGCCAAAAUUUCAUGGGGACAACCUUGUGUUCUAUUUACUUUGGACCUGUCUCACGGGGAAGGAUCAGGUGCAUAUUGCGGUAAUGCCAUGUAGCAUUGUGAUAAAUUUACAAUCAGGCCUUCUGUGUAUUAUGAUAGACUUGGCUUGAUUUGUUCCUCUUGUCUUGCCUAUUUUUUUGUUUUGACAGGGGAGCUUAUUGUUGCUCAGUUUGUGGUUUCUCUAGAGCACAGUAGUGGGUAGUAUGUCAAGUUUUAGGUGUUUAAGUUGGAUUCCCAUGUUUCUUUAUUAUUACAUCAUUCAGGCAUGGGAUUGUGGUUGUGUUCAUACUCCUUAUCUACCUUUAUAUAGACGUCACAUGUCCAAAAUGAAGUAGCAUUAUGGGAUGGACAAAUUAUAACUGAUCGAAAAAGGUGGCGUUGGCAUUCCUAAGAAUAAAUUAUGUUAACCUUAUUUCUUGGUUUCA